CGGUGAGAGCCGGCCCCGGAUGUGGGCGCGGCCCCGCGCUAGAAGUGAGAAAUCCUCUACCGCGGUCGUUUGGAGAGCGGAACUGGGAUCUUUUUCUUGAUUAUCAUGUGACGGGUUCUGGAUUUAAUGGGGGGAAAAGUGUGGAAUAGGCCAAGGAUCCAAACUGGCGAAUUCCCUGAUCUUCCCGUCCCUCUUCGGUCUCCGGCUAGCGGCGCAGCCAGGGUGUAUUUCCCAUUUUUCGACGCUGCAACAGCCUCUUUAAAGUGUUUAAAUGAGAAUGUCCUUGGCUCAGAGAGUACUGCUCACCUGGCUUUUCACAUUACUCUUCUUGAUCAUGUUGGUGUUGAAACUGGAUGAGAAGGCACCUUGGAACUGGUUCCUUAUAUUUAUUCCAGUCUGGAUAUUUGAUACUAUUCUUCUGGUUAUGCUGAUUGUGAAAAUGGCUGGGCGAUGUAAGUCGGGCUUUGACCCUCGACAUGGAUCACACAAUAUUAAAAAAAAAACCUGGUACCUCAUUGCAAUGUUACUUAAAUUAGCCUUCUGCCUUGCACUCUGUGCUAAACUGGAACAGUUUACUACCAUGAAUCUGUCCUAUGUCUUCAUUCCUUUGUGGACCUUACUGGCUGGGGCUUUAAUAGAGCUUGGCUAUAACGUCUUUUUUGUGAGAGACUGACUUCUAAGGACAUCGUCUUAUUGCUGUUCAACAAGCUGUCAUUAAAGCGUUCUGAAUCUUUGCAAGCUUGAAGAAUACCGAGGAAAAUACCAAAUGUAGUUUUAUACUGCUUCCAUAAAAUAGUCUUGGUGAAUCAUGGACUUCCAGUCAAUCCAAAGCUUAAUUAUUCAGUAUUUGAGUUAUUAAUAUCUUUAUUAUCCCUAUUUAAAUAAAGUUUGUUUUGGACCUUA